UGCUCUACUCGUGACGUUCCUCUUGCUAGGGCUCUGCAAUUUGCAUUUCAAUCCGUCUCUCUCUCUCUCUCUCUGCUCUGCUCUGUUCAUUAUCAAUUUCACAAGGUUCGAUUUCGCGGCUAAUUCACUCGCAGAUCCAUCCCGAUCUUCGCCUUAACACUGUUUCGAUCUGUUUUUGAAUCGUAUGGGGAAGUGCUACCCGACUGUGAGCGAGGAGUACAAGAAGGCUCUUGAGAAAGCUAAAAGGAAGCUCAGAGGCUUCAUCGCUGAGAAGAGCUGUGCUCCGUUGAUGCUACGUAUCGCAUGGCACUCUGCUGGUACUUACGAUGUGAAGACCAAGACCGGUGGUCCGUUUGGGACAAUGAGGCACGUGGCUGAGCAAGGUCACGCAGCCAACAACGGACUCGAUAUCGCCGUAAGGCUCCUGGAGCCGUUGAAGCAACAGUUUCCUAUCCUUUCUUAUGGUGACUUCUAUCAGUUGGCUGGAGUUGUUGCUGUUGAAAUUACAGGAGGCCCUGAUGUUCCGUUCCAUCCAGGGAGGGAGGACAAGCCUGAGCCACCACUUGAAGGUCGCCUUCCUGAUGCUACCAAGGGUUCGGAUCAUUUGAGGGAUGUGUUUGUUGAACACAUGGGCCUCUCGAAUAAGGACAUUGUUGCUCUCUCUGGUGCUCAUACCCUGGGAAGGUGCCACAAGGAGCGUUCUGGAUUUGAGGGACCAUGGACCCCGAAUCCACUCAUCUUUGAUAACUCCUAUUUCACGGAACUCCUAACUGGAGAGAAGGAUGGGCUUCUGCAGCUACCAUCUGACAAGACCCUUCUCACCGAUCCUGUCUUCCGCCCUCUUGUUGAGAAAUAUGCUGCGGAUGAGGAUGCCUUCUUUGCAGAUUACGCAGAGUCUCACAUGAAGCUCUCUGAAUUGGGGUUUGCUGAAGCCUAAGCUGUUGGACAGAUGCAAUGGGAAUGGUGAUCUUAGUCUUCUCAUUUCUUGUUUUUGAUUCUGGAAACUUGGUUCUUAGUUUUUUUUUGUUUUUUUUGUUUUUUAAAAUCAUGGUUCUUAGGCUGUUGAUGGCUGGUUAUUUUGUAGUGUUUUGCAAUUUUGCUGGAUUUGGUGGUAGCAAACAUUGAUAUGGUCAUCAUAAAUAAGACUGAACCUUGUAGGAAAA